UAAUACUGCAGUUGGGAAACUUUGCACUAAUGCAAAGUCGUGGAGGAAAGCUUCGUAACUAGUCUCGUGUAAUCUCAACUGAUAGCUGUAUUUGUAUUUUAUUAAGAUUUAAAUAAAAAACAUAAUUUCAAGGAUGGAUCUUGCAACACGAAACGUUAUUUUAUUUGUUUCAAUGAUGUAUAUCAUACAGGAUGCGAUAGCAAUGAGGUCAAUCACCAGGCAAUUCAACCCGCCACCGAAAGUCGGUGACGUCAUUACAAUACGAGGCAUCGCGUCAGCAAAGUCAGUCGCUUUCAUCCGGUUACACAGCCCGGUGGGGAGCUGCGAUACAGAGUACUUUCAUAGACGAAGUACUGGACAGCGUGGAUUGACUUGUAACCCAUUGGUUCUGAAAUUACUGACAAGAAAACAAAAGAUACAUUAUCAGAAGAAAGGGAUGUUCUCGGGAAAUAGAGACGUUCAUAUUUUUUCCAAAUUACAUUCAGAACUUCGGAAUGGUCUCCCGUACAUAUUGAAUAUUACUGUAACUGAAAGAGGUUAUGACGUCAAGUUUAAUAAUGACGAAAUAAUCAACUUUGUGAAUCCUGAUACACGGAGUGUUGAAAUGAUAAGAGCAUACUCAGGUAAUUACAAAGAAAUCACAUUGGACAGAGGAUACACUAUACCAUUUAACGUUCCAAACUGUGGUAUUCGGAGUCUAAGUGCUGAAGAAUCUUUGCAUCAGAGAAUUAUGAAUGGAAAAGAUGCCAAACCUGGAGCUUAUCCGUGGCAGGUGUCAAUAAGAAACAAGAACCUUGUCUCAAGUUCACAAUGCUAUCAUUUUUGUGGGGGAACACUGAUUAGUAGUUGUUGGGUUGUCACUGCUGCUCAUUGCGUGAUGACCCUUAGUAAAUACAAAGAAAAUUACGAGAUACUCGUCGGUGAUUAUUAUAAUGGAGACGCUCCUGCUUUUGGGAAUCUGGAAGAUGAACAGACUUUUGAUAUAGAAGCAGUAUACGUUCAUUCAGAAUUCAAAUAUGAUCAUGUAUGGAGGAACGAUAUAUCUUUGAUAAAACUCAAAUCAAAUAAUGGACAAUGUGCUGUGUUCAGCAAGUACGUUAUCCCGGCCUGUUUACCAGAACCCACUGAUGAAGCGUUUCCAACGAACACUCAUUGUCAUAUAACAGGAUGGGGUGCACAGAAUUAUACAGAUAGAGAUAGAUGUCAUGAUCACCCACCAAUACUUCAAUACGGACUGGUGAGACUCAGAGACUACACCGAAUGCAGUUUGCUACAUGGAAAUGUACCUGACACUGAUGAAAAAUAUAUUUCUGAUGGAAUGCUGUGCGCAGGGAACAAAGGCGUUGAUACUUGCCAAGGUGACAGCGGUGGACCGCUAGUCUGUCAGAAGAAAUCAAACAAACAACCGUUUGUAUUGACGGGCGUUACGAGUUGGGGUCUUGGAUGUGGCGAUCUCGUGAAGCCUGGAGUCUACACAAAUAUUUCAAAAUAUAUAGACUGGAUAAUAGAUGCGAGAUACGGCGUAUUUUAAUUGAUUAAUGCUGACAUGGGAAGCCCACGGCCCAUCUGAAGCUGCCACAACCAAACUAAAAUCAAAAUUUGAUGUUUUAGCUAAACAAUAACUAAAUGAAUUUUUGGAGAUUGCGAUUAAAUUUAGUUUUGGCACGAGGCCUACCACUGCGAAUAUUGUUGAUAAAAUGUAAAUUUUUGAGUCACACUUACAUGGGCCGCCAGUCUAGGUGGGCAAAAUUUUUGCCCCUGGUCCAAAAACGUUGCUCAUCUCUGGUUUAAUUUAAAACGUGGCUAGUUUUUAGCAUUGUAAAUGGGAGUGUCAAUGCUGCUGUUUAAGGAACACAAAUUCUCUUUAUUCUUCAACCACAGGACCGCACCCUUUCAAAUUGCUUGCAUAUUAAGAUUUGAAUAUAUUCUAUGUCUUCUAUAUAUAUAUAUAUAUAUAUUAAUAUGAUUUCUCCGAUUCUUGAUGCCCAUUUAAAUUAACCCAAAUCUUGGCAACUUCAAAGUUACGCCGUCAUAGAGAUGAUUAAUUUUGCUGCGAUCCUUCUCAGCAAUACGAGAACACCGGUAACAUUAUCUUUCGUGUUAUAUAUCUCUAGUUCCAUAUUGUUUUGUAAUAGGAAUUAAAAGUAGAUUGCCGUAUUAAAUGUUUCUUAAUAACCAUACUUUAACUUUUAUUUUUACAUUUUAUAAGUGCGCCUUGUUGGUAAAAUGGGGCAAGGAGGGAAUGUAUUAGAAUAGGUUGGGGACCACUGGUGUAAUGUAAUAGGUAUACCACAUUGGGUCCUAUUUAAAAUUAAGGAAUUUUCUGUAUAUUGGACUCUGCUUGACUUGAACAUUGUUGAUCAUAAAUAGGAGACACCUUCAAUAAACUGCUAAUGGUUCAUGGGAAAUGUCAUAGGUAGCUGAUUUUGUAAUGAUAAUGAGUUGAAAUACUCCAAUUCAGCAUUUACAGGUACAUACAACACCAAAAAAAGCUGUAUAAUUACACGAGUUCUGAAUAUUCUAGUGGUUUCGUGACCACAAUAAAAAUUGAAGCCCGUGAUAGCCCUGAAGGCCGCCCAGAAACUAGAUGGUCGCUUGUCACUUUUUUAACAGAUGAGUCUGCUGGAUUUGAGCAAUAAUAAUAAAAUAAAUGAAAUGCGUAA